GCAGGGACUAAGCACAUAGACAAUUGAGUUCCGGAUACUGCUGUGGUUUCGUUUUUAAGGGUAGCCAGUGCUGCGCGGUGCAACUUCCCUCUUGUGUUUUCUGUGCACCUCGAGCUACCCUGCAUGGGAGACUGCAGCUUCGGUGCAAAACUGCUCAAACCUCAGCGUCAGUCUCAUCCUCUGAUAAACUGCAUAUCGCUUGCUGGGAAAAGAUCUUGGAAGAGCUUCUGGAGAAUUACUAAAGGAGAGAGCAUUAACCAGGAGUGGAAAAAGACAAUGGAUCCAGACUUUCUAAAUGCGUUUACACAGCCUGCUGCACUUAAUCAAUUUGGAGUUGAGAAUGACAUUGCUCAAGGAGAGAAGCGGAGACUCAUAAAACCAACCUCACGCAAUAAUCCAAAAUUGGAAGAAUUAAAAAUGUUUUUGAUUGACUGGAUUAACACGACUCUGAAACAGGAACACAUAGUAGUCAAAAGUCUGGAGGAAGAUUUGUUUGACGGGCUGGUGCUUCAUCAUCUUUUGGAAAACCUAGGAUCCCUCAAGCUGGAUGUUGACAAGAUUGCGUUAACAGAAAAAAAACAGCGACAGAAGCUCUCUGUGAUUCUGGAAGCUGUGGCUAGGUGCUUGCAGCUGGAAGAAAAUCAGCUGAAAUGGAGCGUGGAAUCUAUCUUGACAAAGGACUUACUGAGCACACUGCAUCUUCUGGUUGCAAUAGCAAAGCACUUCCAACCCAAUCUGGCUAUUCCUCCAAAUGUUCAAGUGGAAACAAUCACUAUUGAGAACACCUGCAGAGGAUUAAAGACAGAAACUGCAGUGGUAUAUAUCACAGAUACCAAAGAAAAUUUAGAAGACCAGUCAACAGAUGAUGCCUUUGAUGAAUUAUUCAGCCGUGCUCCAGAUAGACUGGAUGCAGUAAAACAGGUAUUCCUGCAAUUUGUCAACCAGCAUGUUGGAAAAUUAGGAUUAAAUGUGAAAGACAUUGAAUCUCAGUUUGCAGACGGAGUCAUCUUACUCCUGUUGAUCGGACAACUGGAAGGUUACUUCCUGAAUUUAAGGGAUUUCUUCCUGACUCCAGCCAACACCACCGAGAUGCUUCACAACGUGAACCUUGCAGUGGACUUGCUGACAGAUGGAGGUCUGCUCAAUUUUUCUGUGAAUUCUGAAGAUAUUGUGAAAGGAGAUAUGAAGACUACACUGCGGAUUCUGUAUUGCUUGUAUUCCAAAUACAAGACCAAAGAAACAUGAAGAGUGAAGAGGAAGGCUAAACGCUCGGGCCUUCUUUUUUUUUUUUUUUUUUUGCUAGCAUGUUGUGGUCUGGUUUUUGAACUUCAGCUGUAUGUUUGUCCCUGUGUAUGUAUGUGCAUUCACUUGUCUUUGACGCUUGCUGUAUUAACAUGUAUAAGCAAGUAUGUAUUCAUGUAAGAUUUCACAUACACAGCUUGAAUACCUGGAAGUAUGUGUUAAAUUAGGGCCAGGAUAUGCUGUAAUUCUGAAGCUGUUGCUCCAGAAUCUAUCCUUUGCUCUUUCUGAGGCCCUAAUGCAGGAAAGAAGACUAAUACCUGUUUAUUCUAUAUUCUAGACUCCAAUGUUUUUGUGUCUGGAGUGGGAUUUGGAAGCUAGUAUUACAACCUUGCAUUUUUCUGGUUCUGAUUCACUCUGGAAAUUAGAGAGGUGGGUGACCCACCAUGGCAUCUCUGCAAAUAUUACAGAUACACUUGAAGCUCAAGUUCAAAAACUUCUUGGCAGAGGUGGCCAGCUGCUCUCAGACAAGGCCAUGUGGCUUGGAAAGCAAAUGAAUAGGUAGCUGAAAGGAGACUUGAAUUUGUCAAAAUGUUUGAUAAAAGUUUUGCCACUUGCCUGCUCAAAUCUGAAAGGAGGGGGACUCAGAGCCAGGUGCUGACAUGGGACUGUACGGUAACGGAGGGGACUCCUACAGCACCAUGGAAAGACCCCUGCCACUUCUGAUGGAGCAUUAGUGCUGCGGGUACUCUCAGCUCCCCUGGGACUCUCUCAGCUGAAUUUGUGCAGCUGUUGUCCCAAGUAGCCCAGCAGGCCCCCUCUGAAUGCAGCCAUUUUUGCAAAAGCCACAAUUUACAUUAGCUAUCACCCUGCAUCUUCCUCUGGGGUUUUAGAUCAGAACUCCUUCAAAACCUCCAUCUGCUCCUUUGAGCUUAAAGUUAUGUCAUGUUUGUGUUGCAUAAAGCUCAAGUUCCAAUAAAAAAAAAAAGUUUUGAUAUUAUUUUGGCUUUCCUUAUAACUGAUUUAAUUUCCUGUAGUCUGACAUUUGAUCUCUGAUCUGAUCCUCCACCUGUGUGUUAAGGGGAAACCAAAGCACGCCUAGUGUGAGGUCUGACAUUUACAGUUGAGAAUUUGUUGUGUCUAGUUCUUGAUCACACAGCCUAAGAAAGAUCUUCAGAUAGCAAUGCUGAUAUGUCUUCAAGUCCUGCCUUUGAAAACGGUAAUAAUACAAAGCUGCUGAAAGAAAGAAUUCUGCAAAUUGCUAUGAACCUAAUCCUUUUUGCACCAAUAAUUACCUUGUUAUGUUUUUACAGAGGAAAAACCAAUGUGUGGUGCCAAUAAGCUGCAAGAUCAACUUGCUUCCCUAGCAAAAAUUAAUUAUGUAUGCCAUUUCAAAAGAUUUAAGUCAGAAAUGCUUGCUCUUUCAUGUGCAAGCCUCUGUAGGUAUCUUGUUUUAUUCCUUAAUGGGCUUCAAACGCUUGCCUGGGCAUCCUUAGAAGUUAGUCCUCCCUUUGCAGAGCCCUGCUGUCGUUGCUGUAAUAUUCCAAGUGGGUUGCCAAAUAAUUCACUCCCGAGUGGAUAAGACAAUAAUCACCGUGGGGAGCGAGGGAUCAGGAAUGCAUUUGGUUGCAGUGUUGGCAGUGCAGUAGUGAUGCUGCCUCUAGGAACUAACCUAGCUCUGGUUCAACGGCGACUAGUGCUCAAGGACACGGUUUGAUUUUCUUUUAUUUUUUUUUCUCUGCGUGUUGUGAGUUUUGUGGUCUGCUCGUCCAGCACAAGUCAAUGCGGUGCUUUUGAAGACCUCACAGUCCUGCAAAUUGCUGUCGGGGGAAGUCUAGUUCUGGAUAUUCAAUAAAAGUGAGGGCCAUAUUCCCUUCCUCACAGCAGCUUGCCUAAACCUGUUGUGAGCUAGUCAUUCUUUUGAAAACAUGCAGGGGAGAAAUAAUGACAGCUAAUGUGGUUGAAUCAAAAAUGUAGUGAGACCAAAACUGAAUGUUUUAAUCUGUUUUUCAUGCUAUGAGCUGAUUUAUAACACGCUGGAUGUUUCUGAGCACUUCGAUAAGUGUGUGUCUCACUAUAAAGAGCCGGCAUUUGGUUCCUAAAGCAUGUGACAGUUUUACUAAUCCAUCACACAGGCACCCACUCCAUGAAUCUGUAUAGAAUAUACAAGUACACUAUUUACAUUUGGGAUGUAGUUACAGACUUGGCAUAGCUUGGAUAGUAAAUGUAAAGUGGCAGAGCUAAAGAGAAUAUUCCAGCAGUACAGAACUGGGGAAAAUAGAAAUAUAUAUUAUUUUUCUCAUAUAUUAGUUUUGCCUUUUAUCAUGAUCAGCUUGGUUUCCUUUUCCUUUACAAGUAUAAGUCAAUAAAAAUCAAAGCUGCUUAUGCUGUUUAAGCUGGCAAAUUAACUAUGGUAUUUUGAAUAAAAUAAGCUCUCUCUAUGCAAGCCUGCUCCUUGACGCAUAAUUAAAUUUACACUGUUCAUGUUUAAAUACUAAAUAGCAAGCAAUUUCUGAUGGAAAAACUAGGUGGACUAGUAAUUUUCUUUCCUGGGCUCUGUAGCUAGGUAUGCAAGCUGAACUGUGGCGACUCCUCAGGUUUCCAAUGGAGUCAUUUGUGUGCAAAACAUUUGACACAUUGACUGAAAAUAAAGUCCAUUUAUCCUUUAAAUAUCCAGUAACCGGUCCAAGAAUUUCUCAGGCAGAGAAGAGCCCUACAGGAGCUUGUGUUAUUAUAAGUGACUUGGUAGCUACGUGGCAAGGCAACGGCAGAGACUUGGAACAGGUCUGAAAUGUUGCUGCCUCCUGCUUGCCUUCAUUUUUCUGUUGUCCUGUCUUUCCAAAGUAUACUGCCAAGUAAACGUAAAGGUGUCUUCCCAGAGGCAUAGUGUCAAGGAAAAAAAGGGAACUGAGAAGGUCCUGGCUGUAAAGCCUGGGAAAGCUAUUAGAUAUCUGGCUCUGGCAUCAAAACCCCUCCUCCUCGGGAACUACUUCCUCUAUGUACUCCUUUUGGGUGGCAACUAUCCUCAAUGUCUAUCCUUUUUCCUAUUUUUUUCCUUUUCUUAUUCUUUUCAUGUGUUCUCUGUUAUGUUGCUUGACAUGUAGUAACUAUGUGGAAACAUCCCCAUAGUCAAUACCAAACGUUUCUUUGGCAAUUUGGCUUUCAAACCGUGAUAGCAGCUAAUCCAAAUUCUUAUGCCCCACGUGCUCAAGGGUUUGUGUGUGUGUGUGUGUGUGCGUGUGAAGGAAUGUUGGUCUUCUUUCUCUUCCAUGCUUCUAAAAUUUUCCUAAAGAAUAAAAGCUAUUGUCAAUUUUCA